CUUCCUCCUGCCCUCGCCCGCUCCAAGCGAUCCACUGAGAGAUGGACUUGGCAGGCGUGCUGCUGGCGUUGCUCCUCGUGCUAGUGCUGGUUGUCUCGCUGCUCUCCAACCUCCUGGUGCUGCUAUGCUUCGUCUACAGUACAGAGAUCCGCAAGCAGGUCGCCGGGGUUUUCCUGGUGAACUUAUCCUUUUGCAACCUGCUCCUCACCGUCCUGAACAUGCCUUUUACCCUGCUGGGGAUCUUGAGGAAUCAGCAACCCCUCGGGGGCUGCGUCUGCAAAGCGGUGGGUUUCCUGGAAACUUUCCUGACUUCCAACACGAUGCUGAGCAUGGCAGCACUCAGCAUCGACAAAUGGAUUGCUGUGGUGUUCCCCUUAAGCUACACCAGCAAGAUGCGGUAUAAGGAUGCUGUGAUACUGAUGGGCUACUCCUGGCUCCACUCCCUCACUUUCCCCUUGGUUUCCUUGUUUUACUCAUGGGUAGAUUACAGCAGUGUUUAUGCCUCUUGCACCUUGCACCUGAAGGAAGAGACGGAGCGGAGAAGGUUUACAGUGUUCACCAUCGUCUUUCACUCCACCAGUUUCAUGCUGUCGCUGGUGAUCUUGUGUUUCACCUAUUUAAAGGUGUUGAAAGUUGCCCGGUUCCAUUGCAAGCGGAUAGACAUUAUUACCAUGCAGACUCUGGUUUUGCUGGUGGAUAUCCACCCCAGUGUGAAGCAGCGCUGCCUUAAUGAGCAGAAACGGAGGAGGCAGCGGGCUACUAAGAAAAUCAGUAUUUUUAUAGGGUCGUUCGUGGUCUGUUUUGGUCCUUACAUUAUCACCAGGUUGAUAGAGCUCCUUCCUUUUGUUACCAUAAAUUACUACUGGGGAAUUAUAAGCAAGUGCCUCACCUACAGUAAGGCUGCAUCAGAUCCAUUUGUUUACUCACUUUUGCGUCAACAGUACAAAAAAGUUCUGAUCAACAUAGUCAACAGGAUACUGAAGAGGGACCUGUAUCCAUCAUCAGGAUACAACAGCUCUCUUGACACUGAAAACGAUUACUGCUUGCACAGAGCAAACUAACAACAUGAGAAGUUUUCCCCUUCCAGUGAGACAGGUGUUGCUGGAAAGCUGCCUUUGCUCUCUCAUGCUGACAGUGGUGACAGUGUCUCCUGGGUGUGAAAGCUGCAUCAAUGUGAUGCAUUUCAUUGUGGACUUUCAUGAAAGGCUCUUCCCUGGUCUGCAGCCAACUACAAUAUAUGACAAAGCCUUGUCACUGAAUGAAUGGAAUAUGCUUGAGGGGGUUUAAGAGAGCCUUUGAAGCCUUUGAAGCCUUUGAAGCAGCCAAGACAUCUUCUAAUGUUCCAUGUCUGAAGACUGGGUAUGUCUUGGAACAUUCCACAUCAAAUGUGAUAUUCCAGUGUCUUCUGGGGCCCCAGGAAUC